UAAUGUAUUGAGAGAGUGGAAAAACACUUUAUCUUCAACAAACACCAUCACCAAAUCAUCCCUUCCAUUUUCUUUCUUUCCUCUUCUUCUCCACCACCUCUCCCUAUCUUUCUUCCUCCAAAGUCCUCACCCAUAACUCAAUUUCCUUCAUUAUUUUCUCUCUUCAUUCUCUUCUAGAAAGAGAAAUACAAAUACAGGGGAAGAGAGAGAAAGAGGCAAAUGGAGAGACUUAUCUGCUCUUCACCACUCCCCUCUAAAUUAUACCUUAAACCCUUUCCUUCUCUUCCCCAACUCGGUCGUCUUGACCCGCGCAAACUCGGCGUUUUACUCUCACCAACCACUGAGUCAUCAUUCCGAGUCAAUUCAUCAUCUUCACUCAAACGGGUCAAAUUUCAAUUGAGGGCAUCUUCUUUUUCCAAUCAAAUUCAUGAAUUUUCAGUCAAUUCUUCUUUGGAACCAUCUUACUCAAAUGGGUCUUCGUCGGAGCCCCGUCUUAUAUCAAAUCCCUCACAUAUAAAUUCGAAAUUGCAAAAGGCAAUUGCUGCUGCAAAAAUAGUUCUAUUUUGUGCUCUUGCAAUAACUAUAUUUAAUCCAGCACACCCAUUUCCAGCUUUUGCAAGCCUACAAACUGUCACACAGACUGGAGGUGCUGUUGGAAGAGGCCUCCUUCGUACUGAAGUACUAAGUAGUGCAUGGACCGGUUUCUUUGCUGGUUGCUUGCACACAUUAUCAGGACCUGAUCACCUUGCUGCGUUAGCCCCUCUUUCAAUCGGCCGCACUAAAAUGGAAAGUGCGGCCGUUGGUGCCCUGUGGGGGUGUGGCCAUGAUGCCGGGCAAUUAAUAUUCGGUUUAGUCUUUCUUCUACUUAAGGACCGGCUCCAUAUCGAGAUUAUUCGCACUUGGGGAACUCGAGUAGUAGGUUUGACCUUGCUCGUGAUUGGUGGCAUGGGUAUUAAGGAAGCUUCAGAAGUUCCGACCCCUUGUGUUGCUUUAGAAAAUGGGGAGUGUGAUGUUGGUGUGCUUGAAAAUGUUGAAAUCCCUCUUGUUGGGAAGAAAAAGAAAAAGAUCGGGUUUGCAACUUUUGCCACGGGAAUUGUACAUGGUCUUCAGCCUGAUGCCCUAAUGAUGGUUCUUCCCGCCCUUGCAUUACCCUCGAGGUUAGCUGGGGCAGCAUUUUUAGGCAUGUUCUUGGUCGGGACGGUUGUUGCAAUGGGAGGUUAUACCGUAUUCAUCGGGUCGUGUAGUGAAGCGUUGAAAGAUAGAGUUCCAAGAAUAACUGAGAAGCUCACCUGGGCUGCAUCCCUUGUAGCUAUUGGCCUUGGAUUAGCCAUUAUUAUUAGUCAAUUUUUCGGGUUUAGUUUGUACUAAUGAAUUAUGUGCUGUCAUUGUUUCGGAUGUUAGGUUAUUUUCACCAUUGAGCAUUAGGAAGGAUUUUUUGGAGUGAGCAAAUUAUUUUCUUCUGAAGAGAUUUCAUUGAUGGGUUUUUUCUGUGUU